AUGUACACUCUCCUCCGCACAGCUCCAUCACAGAAACACCCAAAACCCACUUUCUCAAUUCCAUCUCAUCACAACCUAACCACUUCACCGCCAUCACAACCGCCUCAAGACGCCGCCUUUGCCGCCCUUAUUCUCAAAUCCGACCCGCAAUCCCUAACCCGGAUCCUCCACGACCCGAACAUCCACUGGACCCCCGACUCCGUCAACAAAACCCUCAAGCGCCUCUGGAACCAUGGCCCCAAAGCCCUCCUCUUCUUCAAAACCCUCGACCGCCACCCCACCUACACCCACUCCUCCUCCUCCUACGACCACGCCGUCGACAUCGCCGGCCGCUUGCGCGACUACAAGUCCCUCUGGGCCUUCGUCGCCCGAAUGCGCGCCCUCCGGGUCGGCCCGGCUCCGAGAACCUUCGCCAUCAUCGCCGAGAGGUACGUCGCCGCCGGGAAACCCGAUAGAGCUGUCAAGGUGUUUCUUUCGAUGCAUGAACAUGGCUGCCCUCAGGAUUUGAAUUCUUUCAAUACUGUUCUUGAUGUGCUUUGUAAAGCUAAGCGUGUCGAAAAGGCUUACAAUUUGUUUAAGGUGUUUAGGGGGAGGUUUAGAGCUGAUUGUGUUAGUUAUAAUGUGAUUGUUAAUGGGUGGUGUUUGAUUAAGAGGACUCCCAAGGCGUUAGAGGUUUUGAGGGAGAUGGUGGAGAGAGGAAUCGAGCCGAGUUUGGUUACUUAUAACAUAAUGCUUAAAGGGUAUCUUAGAGCUGGACAGGUUAAGGAGGCUUGGGAAUUCUUUAGGGAGAUGAAGAGGAGGAAAUGUGAGAUUGAUGUUGUUACUUAUACCACUCUGGUUCAUGGGUUUGGUGUUUUGGGGGAGAUUAAGAAGGUGAGGAAGAUAUUUGAUGGGAUGGUUGAGGAGGGGGUGCUUCCUUCGGUUGCGACUUACAAUGCGCUGAUUCAGGUUUUGUGUAAGAAGGAUAGCGUGGAGAAUGCGGUGGUGGUUUUUGAGGAGAUGGUGAGUAAGGGUUACGUGCCUAAUGUGACGACUUAUAAUGUGUUGGUUAGAGGGCUGUGUCAUGCUGGUAAUAUGGACAGCGGGAUGGAGUUGAUGGAGAGGAUGAAGGAUGAUGAUUGUGAGCCGAAUGUUCAGACGUAUAAUGUUGUGAUUCGUUACUUUUGUGAUGAUGGGCAGAUUGAUAAGGCGUUGGAUGUGUUUGAGAAGAUGGGUAAGGGAGAGUGCUUGCCUAAUUUGGAUACAUACAAUGUGUUGAUAAGUGCCAUGUUUGUGAGGAAGAAACCCGAAGAUUUGUUAGUGGCAGGGAAGUUGCUAAUUGAGAUGGUUGAUAGAGGAUUUUUGCCCCGGAAAUACACCUUUAAUAAGGUUCUGGACGGGCUUUUGUUAACUGGUAAUCAAGGUUUUGCAAAAGAGAUUCUCAGAUCGCAGAGCAGAUGUGGCCGUCUUCCCCGUCAGGUCAGAUUAUAAACCAUGUCAGAAUUCACAAAGACUUGAAUUACGAAGAUAUGAAAUGGUCAUUGGAUAAACCCCGUUACCGCUCGAAAGGGAUUUCCCAUUCAUGUUGAAGAUUGAGGAGUCACGCUCGAUCUUAUGUGCAAAACCUUCUUCUGUGCUGUCCCAUUACAGUAUUUAAAAUGAUCUGGCUAUACUUGUAAACUAGUAUUUAGAAUGAUCUGGCUAUACUUGUAAACUAGUAUUGAACGAGGUAGAUAUGUAGCACCCAAUUUGAGGGUUAUAAAUCCCUGAUGACCAUCUUCCAGUGUUUGGGAGAUUAAGUACCAUGUGCGGGAGAACAAGUCAUGAGUGUCAUUGGCUUAAUUAGUAAAACAAAGAAGUAAAGAAGAAGACAUGAUUGCUUGCAGUGCUUCGUGCUCAUCAAGGUUCAACAGAAGCUUGUUCCAUCCUGUUUAACUUGUCAGAACAAGGAUUGGUUUUGAUGAGUGAUGUUAUCAUGCAUGAUGUUCUCUGGAGUUUUUAUUUCUGCUGGCCUCGUCCACCAUCGCAUCCACAAUAGCAAUUGACGCUGUGUAGCUUCUGUUGUUGUUGCUGGUCUCAAACUGGAAUGUGGCAACGAC